AUGGAUCCGGGGGCCCCCCCUGUCGCUGGUACGACCCCUUUGGGGGCCCCCAAGGGGCCCCCCGACAACAGACGCUCACAGGAGGGGCCCCCAGCCCGGGGAGACGAUCCCCGGGGAGACGAUCCCCGGGGAGACGAUCCCCACGGUGGCGUUUGUCUCCUCCGUGUUAUAGACAGAGACGAUCCCAGGAGAGACGAUCCCGAUCCCCAGACAGACCCCACAGAAUAUCACCCGGGAGGAGACGAUCCCCAGACAGCCCCAGGCCUCGCUAUCCCUCCCCACAACCACGAUCCCCACACAGACGAUCCCCACACAGACGAUCCCCACACAGACGAUCCCCACACAGACGAUCCCCACAGAGACGAUCCCCACACGAUCCCCAGACAGCAGCUGGCCUGGCUAUGGGGCCCCCCAACAACGAUCCCCAGGGAGACGAUCCCCACAGAGACGAUCCCCGGGGAGACGAUCCCCAGGCAGAGACUGGUGUCUCCCCUCUCGGGAGCGGAGACGAUCCCGGUCCCCACAGAGACGAUCCCCGGGGAGACGAUCCCCGGGGAGACGAUCCCCGGGGAGACGAUCCCCACGGUGGCGUUUGUCUCCUCUGUGUUAUAG